AAACUCAUCACCGUGGGCUGCAAUCAAUAAUUAUAAUAUCAAUAAAAAUAAUUUCCGUUUUCUUGGUGGCACAUGUUUUAAUCAUAUUCCUUUCGAUAAACCGUAAGUUACAAUGAAAUUAACAGUUAAGAAGUUGCAAGGUGGAGAGUGUUGUGUUGAGGUGCUACCAACGACAUCUAUAUUUGAAAUAAAACGGGAAGUUGCUGGAAAAUUAGCCAUACCUGUUGAAGAACAAAAGCUACUGUUACUUGGGCGCACCCUAGCCGAUGAACAGACUAUUGAGUCAUACCCAACUAUAAAAGACGGCACCAAACUCAACCUUGUUGUGAAAAAGCCUGAUGGUCUAUUUGAAGCUUCAAUGAAAUACUUUAAAAAGUUAGGUAUGACAGAUAAAGAAGCCACAAAUGCAGCUAAUAAACUUCUAAAAAUUGUAGAGGAUAAGUUUAAUAAGUUGUCUUGGGAUGAUAUAGACCGGUUGUCUAUGGAUUGUCUUUUAGAGGAAUGCGGCCAAAGCCGGCCAGUGGUUGAGAAUGAGCCAGAAAAUGAGGACAUGUAUGGUUUGUGACCCUUCCGGAGCGAAUUGAUUUACAUCUUAAAUCAAAUGUUAUAAUGUUUAUGGCUUUAAAAGACUACAUUGAUAUUGAAAGUACAUUCUCCAAUGUGUUUUAACAAUGUUCAUAAAUCCUUAUUGGUAAUUCUUGAAGGUGUCUUUUUUUUUCAUGUAUUUUAUGCGAUAUUCAUAUUUAAGGGCUCUUUAAAAAAUAUCCUUGCUUUUUAUAAGCACACCUGGACAGGUUUUGCUUUUACUUUUUUAUUCUAUACAUAUACAAAUGUAUACAAUCCAAAUGAAUUUAUUAAUUUUUUUUUUUUUGUAAAUGUGUUGUAGGCUAAUUCCCUCCGUUUGCCAAUUUUAAGACUUGUAUGACUUAAGUUUAAAAAAAGUAUACAUAAUAGUAUGUUAUUGCCAUUAUUGGUUAGUGUCCAUACAUACUUUUUGUAUCAUUCUUACCAUAGCAUUCUUGUCCUUGUUGGUAAAAACACUAACUAAUAAAAAAAUAUUCAUUUUCAAAAUCAUACUGGAAGAUGAUGCAACAUAAGAAGUCUUACAUCAAUAUAUUUUAAGCUGUGAUGUUGUUGAUCCCUUUAAUACUUAUGAAAUAUAUUCUGAAUGUAGUCAAUUUUAGUCCGGUACACUUAUUUUGCACUUGCAUUGCCACUUUGCUAUUAAUGUGGCAUCAAAAUGAAGCUUAGUGUUGUUGAUGAUCUUGGUGACAAGUCAAUUUCCAUACAACUUAACACUCACAGCUCUUCAUAUCCAAAAAUGUUACUAUAAGGGCGGUUUCACACUAGAAUUUUGUACGCGCCUAUAAACUCAUUUUGGAAGCGCGUGUAGGCGCGUAUUGACCAAAUGUAGCGAAUUAUAGCGCGCGUGUAAGCGCGUAACGCUGAAACGACCGUACACGCGCAAAAAAACGCUAAUUUGAAACCGCUCUAAAGCAGAGAAAGCUCCGCUCUAAAACAGCUCUUGUAUAGGUAUAUACAAGAGCUGUUUUUUUUUCUUUUUAUUACAAGUAUUUUCGCGGAGCCCCAAUAGAGGCUUUUCCGCGGAACACCCUUUGAGAAUGGCUGCUCUAAAUAAAGCAUAAAAGUUACUUAGACACUAUAAUAUUUUGUCCUUAGUGCUUCAGGCAGGACAUAUUUAGGCAUUUCGGCUUUAAUAUCAUAAAAACUCUGUACAUUUUACAGAGUUUUGUUGAAAAACAUCAACUAAUAAUAAACAAGUUUGUAUGGAAACUGCAGUUAACUGUAACAUUGUGUUGUGACUCUAUUAUUUUAUUUCUAUGGACUGUAAAUAUUUUUACUGAUAAGCAUUGAUCGUUCAUAUAAUUAUGUAUAUUGAAAAAAUAAGUUUAAUUUGAAAAAAAAAAAAUAACUGGAGACUGCUACAGCUGGAAGCUCAAUUGUAUUUGAUGUAAGGUAAAGAUCCCUAUGAUUGAACCUCGAAAUUAAAUAAUUAAAAGCUAUAUUUCUCCUUUAUUUCUAUGAUUGUAAGGUUUAAGGUAUACCAUGUUAGUGUCAAAUUCAAGCACAUUUAUGUUGAUUUGAUAACUUAACCUUUUCGACGUCGUGUCAUAUAGAAAAACUGUCACUCGGACGCCACGUCACCGAAGUGUCAUAACUGAAAUUGAACUUUAUGUAUAUGCACGUAGGUUUAUGUUGUUCUGUGGUAUGUGACCGAUUAAUCCGUCUUUGGUGUUGGACCUGCGGUGCGGAUAUAUCGGUCAUUGGCGUCCAAAGGGUUAAUAACUGGGCGAGUAACAAUGGAUUUUUGAUUUGCUACAAUUAAUGAAUUACUUAUAUAAUAUUGUGACUUCAAUUGAACUGAAAUUGCGAACAAAAUUGAAUUUCAUAUAAAAUUUACAUAUUAGAAAUUUAAUAAUAUCUACAUUGGUGUAGUAUAAAAUGUAUAAAAAAAGUACUUUAUCAAUGAGAUGGCAGCAUUUUAGAUUUUUUUGUAAUUGAUUAUUUAUGUUAAAUUAGAUUCACUUCACCAGAGAAUUUCUUUUCUCAGUGGUUACAUUACAGGUGAGAAACCCGUUGUUACUCUCAACUACUGGGUAACACCUUGCCUUGGUAGGAACAACUAGGAAUAACUUCGAACACUUGCCCUAAACAACUCAUUUUUGUGUUUAAACGUCACAUUCAAGACUUGUACAGAGUGCAAUCUAUGAUACUUAUCCAUGCAUAUAAAACAGUUUUUAAUUAAUAUAAUGACAAUGAUAUCUAAAUCUGUACCGGUAAAUGUCCUUAUGCUCAACACUCCCCUAAGUUGGAACUUUUAAUAUUAAUUCAUAGCAAUAUGUGUCAAUUAUAUAGGAUGUCAAACAUUGGGACGCUUACCUUAUAUACUUAAAAUAAAUUGGUAAACAAAAUGUUAGUGUUAAUCAAAAACAUGUAAUAGGUUUGAGUAAAUAAAACUAUUUUCGUUAGAUUAA